AUGCGACAGAAUGUCGCGCUCGUGGCCUGUUUGGCCGUCUUAUCGGGGGUAGCAGAUGCCUUUUGGCGCCUUCCUUGUCGUGGAAGAAGUGGUGUGGCCCGGAUGGAUCCUUUGAUCGCUCCAGGGAAACCAUCAGACCAUGUCCACGCGGUUCAUGGAUCAGGAGGAUUUGCCAUGUCGGCAACCGAGGCGAGUCUGAAGAAAGGGAGCUGCACUUCGUGUGCAGUGACCCAAGACAAGUCAGCGUACUGGGCCCCGGCGUUGUAUUUCAUGCAUGAAAAUGGCGAUGCGGAGCUGGUCAACGAAGUUGGUGGCAUGCUUGCAUACUACUUCCUGAACGGAGAGAAUAUCACUGCCUUCCCAGAAGAUUUCCGCAUGAUUGCCGGCGACCCAUUUUUACGCAACUUCCCUUGGCCUGUCCCCGACCCUCCAAAGUCAGAAUGGUCUGGAGACCAAGUGUCGCAGCCCGCCCUUCAGCAGAAAGCCCUUGGCUUCAACUGCCUGAACUACGAGAUAGACCCGGAACCGUCGCUAGGUCGCCACUUCAUGCCGAACAAGACGUUCAUGGACGAGCACUGCACCGACGGGAUUCGGUUUGAACUUAUGUUCCCUUCAUGCUGGAACGGAAGGGACGUUGACUCGAGCGAUCAUCGGUCGCAUGUAACCUACCCAUCGCUGGUUAUGGAUGGAGAUUGCCCAGAGGGAUUCGACAACCGACUGGUUUCGCUUUUCUUUGAAACCAUCUGGGACACCUACGCGUUCAAGGAUAAACAGGGCGAGUUUGUUCUUGCAAAUGGCGAUCCAACCGGCUACGGUUACCAUGGAGAUUUCAUCUACGGCUGGGAAUCUGGGUACCUCCAGAGUGCAGUGGACCAGUGUACCAACCUGUCUGGCCGGGUAGAAGACUGUCCGAUCUUCGACCUCCAGAGCGAAGACGACCAGGGUAAAUGUACCUUCCCUGUUCCCGAUGAGCUGAAAAACGAGAACGUGUUCAACCACAAGGGCGGUCUCCCAAACAACAUCGCCAUUCAGUACGGUCCUGCUUAUGCAAGUCCGGUCAAAUAUACCACCCCCGGACAUCCUGCUGCCACUCAACCUCCCCCCAAACCCCCGAAACCGGCUUUUACCCUCGGCGCGUCUUUCAAUCUCGGCUCUCUAUCCUCAGCAACGAGGACCCCGACUCCUACCACCUCAUUGGUCCCGGACGUCAUCACCGAAGAGGUUGUAUAUCUCGAUCAAGAGAUCCUCGUCUACGUGGAUGACAAGGGAACCCCUCUCGAAACCGUGACCGGGAGUGUGGAAACCAUCUCGACCUCAACGUCCACCCUGACCACGAUGGCGUCUGCCGUCGUGACGACCCCAACCAUCGCCCCCAUGAAGCGCGACAGACACUCCCACUUUCAUGGCCGCCGACGUCAUCGCUCCGGACACACGCACUGA